AUCUCUUCAAUUGUCUUCUUCUUUUAAAUAAUUCUAUAGGAAGCAUGUUACGAACUUCGGCAAGAGCUUACGUAUGCUGGAGAUGCGCUUUCCAAAGACCUACAUCAAAUUUAGUGAAGUCGGAAGCAAAGUUGCUGCCAAGAACCAAAAAUCACUUAUGGAGAAGAAACUUAGCCACUGUACAAAAAUCAAAUAUAAGUGAUGAUGGUCCUCAUUUCACGCUAGGGGGAACGAAUAAGAAAAACAUCCGAGAACGCCUACGGAGAUGGGAGGAAAGGCACCAAGAUGAAGUGCACACAAUAUUGGCUGAUUAUGCUGACGCAGGCGAAUUGUCAAACAACUUCACUCGACCACAGAAUGUAGCUAUGGCCACUUUCGAUGUUGCUUCGCCCUUAUUUGAUGGGGAUGAGUUGGGCGACUUGCGCUCUGAAGACGCUAAUCUAAAGCCUGGUGACAUGGUCGAGUUAAGCUCAGACAGCUCGAGACGGCCGAUGAUGGCAAUAUGUUUAGGCCGUUUUAACGGAUAUGAGCAUUACUACACAAGUAGUGGUAAAUGGUUUAGUGGCUUGGGUGUCAAGACGCUUUUCAUCGUCAACAACUUUGUUGAGCCGUCCGAACUCCAGCCUGUCAUUGAUGAAUUACCAAAUAGCGAAAUACCGCUAGAGGCUUUAAAUGCUCUUCAGGACCUCAACCACAAUCCUUCGAGAGCGACAGGAGCCGAAUUGCUGCGUAAGAUGUUGAACUUUGCUCACGAGGCCGAGGCUGUCUACCAAGAAAAUGCUGCCACGUUAGACGCAUCUAGCUCCUUCAUCGGCGACCCAGAAACGCAUCGCUAUCUCACCUUACACGAAAUCGCUCAACUACUUCUCCCUAAAUCUUAUCGAAAGAAUGGAAAAUUCAAACCUGAGGCCUUAUACGCUGUACACCGGGCCUUGCUACAGAACGAAGUUUUCUUCCGUCCGCUUAGACAGACUGGCCAUAAAAGGUCCUAUCUCUUUGAAAUUAGCCCACUGUCCGAGGUUCGCAUCGUACAGAGGGCAGAGACUAUGAUACGAGAGUAUCUAGAGAGGCAAGCCAGGCUAUCAGACAAUCAAGAGUCUACCGAAUCUCCUGUUCUUGGCUUCGUUGAGCGUGCCCGUGAAUUAAUUGACCAAAGCCGGAAGAGCCGCGAGUGGACAGGGGCCGGAAUCAUCGGGCCAUCGACAGCACCGAAGUCUAAAUCAGCACCACUCAAACAUGAAUGGUCUGUCGAAACAGACGUAGAACUCCUACAGUUCAUAGAACUAUGGGCUAGCUACCAAAAAUUCCCAAGCUACUCACGCCUUCAGUGCUAUGGGUCUACUAUUUUGAGAGCCCUCGAUAGAUAUCAGGAUGCUGAGUUUCUUUCCGCAUCGACCGGCUGGACUUUUUUGCAAGAAGUCGGCUGGAUACCGUCCUGGGAAAUCCCUGCUCGAUAUAAUAUACGCUUUCCAGGGGUCGAGAUCAAGCGUGGAGGAGGUUACAUUCGACCUUUUUCAGAUAGUCUUCAUCGUCAUUUGAAGAGUGACGCCUUGGCUGCUAUGAGAAAGACGUGGGACGGAGUCACUGCUUACUGCAUCGACGCUGAGACUACAGUAGAUAUUGAUGAUGCCGUAUCGCUCGAGCGGACCGAUAACCCGGAUAGAAAUUGGAUUCAUAUCCACGUAGCAGACCCGGCUUCUUCAAUUCAACCCAACACCCCAGUUGCUAAGUUUGCUGAGCUGAUCCCGCAGACGAUAUACUUGCCUGGACACUUUGAGCGUAUGCUUCCAACCAACAUUGGCUCGGACAUAUUUUCUUUAGCUCCAGGCAGGCCUUGUUUAACUUUUAGCGCUUUAGUAAGUAAGGACGGCUCUUUAAAAGACUACAAAAUUACCCCUGGGACUCUCAAGGACGUCGUGUAUAUGACUGGCGAGGACGUUGCUUUGGCAAUAGAAGACGAGAGAGAGGACCCUCUCAUCGGAGAUACAGAGAUGAUGCUUGGCCCCACCCCGAAAGAGACAGUCCCAGCAAGACAAAUGACUCGGCCUCAUGAUCUAAGCAGCCAACAAAAGGACGAACUGGCUUUACUUUCCGAAUUGGGGAAGGCGAUUCAAGUUCACCGACUUCGUCAGGGUGCGACGCCUUUCUUCCAGCCACGACCCGAAGCCCAGGCUUACUUUGACCAUCUUCCAACGCAUGAGCUAGACAACUUUUUGUCUUUGGUCGGUGACCCAUCUAUCCGCAUAGGGUACUCUCAACGUACGGGGACCGACUUGGUCGAAAACGCGAUGAAAUUGGCGGGCGAGAUCGCAGCUCGAUGGUGUUACAACCGCGGGAUCCCAAUCCCAUACCUUACGCAACCCCACGCUGUCAAGAACACCGAGCUCGUGCAGCAGUAUACGCGCGAGGUAUUCUACCCUCUCCUCAAAGGAGGGAUCCGACCAGAUGAUAGCCAGUGGCGGCACCUGCGCGCGCUCAUAGGUAGCGACGAACUCACGACAGUGCCCAGCCCGCACUUCACUCUCGGCGUUGAUAUGUACACCAAGGCGACGUCACCGCUACGCCGCUUUUCUGACCUCCUCGUGCACUGGCAGAUCGAGGCCGCACUGCAAGAGGAGCAUCGCCGAGGUGCGAGCCUGGUGGGGAACCAGGAGCAGGACUUCCUCCCAUUCGAUCGCAAACAUCUCGACCGCAUGCUACCCAUGCUCCGCGUCCGCGAGAAGCAGGCUCGCGCGCUGACAAGUGGAAUCGGUGGCGAUCAAUGGAUCCUGCAGGCGCUAGUCCGCGCGUGGCGUUUCGGUCAGGCGCCUAUCCCCGAGACCUUCCGCUUCAGCGUCGACCAUGUGAUCGGCCGCUCCGCCGUCACGGGCAAGCUGGACUGGUUCGAGAGGCCCGCCAGGUUGCGCCCCGACGCAAUGAAUGACCUCGUUAGGAUAGCCGACGUGCGUGUCGGUGACGUCUACGAGGUCAAGCUGCGCGACGUAAACGUCCACGCAAACCGUAUCAUGGUCGAGGCCGUCAGCAUCAUCUCGAAGGCCGAGCUAGACCCUCCUACUCUUGCCCCUUCUUCCGAGACACAGCUAGAAAUAGACAUAGAUGGGUUAACGCAAGCUCCCCCCACGCCUUAGGAUGCGAGAGGCUGCGGUGACAUGCCGCGUGCGGUGUGUAAGAUAUGUAAUCAAUAGAUCUAAGAUCAGCCUGUACGACUAUACCUACAACUAUAGUCCGAAGAGAAAUUACGAUCUACCUGUACUGUUUUGUAUAAUAGUAAGCGCAAAUUCUCAGAUCUGUAAAAAUUGAAACAUACAUAUGCUCUCAGCAGUGCUAUCACAUAUCACUAUCUCGCAAAACAUAGCCCUCCCAUUUCGAGUUGGUUCCACAGACUAAGACUCCGUG